AUGGAAAGGAUUCGCUUACAGUCAGAGGCAGGGUCAAGUAUUGGUACUUACGCUCGUAGUCACCAGUUAGGCACCAUGGAGGACCGGAGGGACACACAGUGGCCACCCCCAGAGCCUGCUGUUCUGCCACAGCCCUUGCCUCAUAUAGAUCCCCCGACGGUCGACGUACAGCGUAUACGAGGUCGUCGUCGGGAUAGAGCCAGACCUCACGAGGCGACGCGCGAGAUGGCAGAGAACCCUAUGCCACCCCCAGUCGACUUUCACGGGGAUACUGAGGAUUUCGUCCGACAGUAUUACGGGUCUACGACGUAUUAUGGGAGUACCUCAGCGCAGACACAGUGCCCACCAGCUGCAUCAUUUUCGGUACCACCUACGGACCCUCUCCCGGCACAGCAUGAUUUCUUUGGGGAUACCGAGGACUUCAUUCGCCGCUAUCCAGCUUCGUCUUUUACGGUACCGCCUGCGUCUGUACCCUAUGUAGGCCCGUCAUUUGGGGAGGCAGAGUACAUCACGCCGCUGGCCACUCCUCCUCCACAGUUCUCACAGCAUCCGGCUUCUGCUUUUACCCCGUUCCAGGCGACUCAGACGGCGCAGACACCUCCUCCUCAGACACCUACGUAUUUGCCGACUGUUCCUGUAUUUGACGAUUCUUGGAACUUUAGCUCCCUGACCACUCCUCCCUCACAGCGGUCCCGACUUAUGGAGGGGGGCUACAUUCCGAUGCUGCCAGGUCAAGAUCCGGGCUCCUCUUCUCGCCCGACUCAGAGUCCCUCCCAGAUGCAUUUUUCUCUGGAUGAUCCUUGGAUCAACAAUUUGGUUCAGGACCCACAGCCGUUUUGUGACUUCCAAGAAAUGCAGGCUCCUUCUUUUUCUCUGGGAUUAGGGUUAGACCCCUCCUCACAGGCUCCUGCUCCUGAUGUGCAUGAUGAUGACGAGAUUGAGGAUGUGGCCAGUCCAGUCGCCGAUAGUGGAGAGAGAAGCUCCGGACCAGAUGGAAGACGUUACCGCCGUUUGACUGAUAGUCAGACGAGUCGACGUGUCAACAGGGGUUACGACAUGAGGACACGCUUACGGAGUCCUGAUAGAUCAGAAGUCAUCUAUAUCUAA